UUCUUGCCUUGAUGUCUGUCCAUUUUCUUUGCUCUCAUCGUACACUCUCACGCGCUCCUUCCUUCACUCUCAUACAGAAACACACACGCACUCACACAAAUACCUAAUCAGCGUAUAUUUCAGGAGUGUUCUUAUCAGAAGCGAACCAGUCUCAAGAGUUCAAAGGGAGACAAUUGGAUUGUGAUUUCAAACGGAUUGUCAAGCCAAUUUUUUUAAACUCUUUUUUUUUUUUAUAGCUAUUUGAUAUUUAUAAAAAUUGGAUUGACUAAACCCUAUCUCGGAUCUUGUUUUAAAAAAUGUCGAAUAGUCACAUUUGAUACAGAAAAAACAAGAGAACAAAACUAUUUCCUGUCCAGACUUUACAUCUACAUGGAAUUAUUCGACAGCUCAUGCUCUGUAACGUUUCUACAAUUAAUUCUAAGAGCAUUCCAAGAAAACAAAAGAGAAAGAAACUAACUCUGACAUUCUCUACAAUAGUUUCGAAACAAGUGUGGACUUUAGAAUCUGUUUCAGGGAUGUAAGUCAUCAAUAGCGGAAAUUAGUAAAAAGAAAGAGGAAGAUCUUAGCUAAUGGCUUGAUGCAACGAGACAGGAAGAUUAAUGACACUAUAUUUUAAAAUGUAACCUAAUAGCGAUGUUGUACACAAUCAAAGAACGGAUACCGAGAAGCACUGAUGUUUGUGAAAUAUGCUAAGUGUAGAAGAUUAUAUUCAAUAAAUAUCUCUUACUUAGACAUCUACUGAUACUGAUAGGCAAAGUACCAUAAACUGACGACAAUAAUUUUAAGCAUUCACAAACCUAAUAAGCCUAGGUUCUAUACGAAUGUGAUACCUAACCAUUGGAUUACCACCAUGGAUAUUCAUCAUGUGACGCAAGAUGCAAGCGUUGUGGAUAUGUUGACCAUGUCCCCAAGCAGCGUGCUGGUCUUGCCUGGGGUCAGCAACGUCUCCGUGGCAAGAAUAAACUCUACCUACAAGAGGGAUGACCUGGAGAACAUUUUCCAGUACCUGGAGAUCAUAACAUCCCCUUUGGUGUCAGUGGUUGGGACUGUGCUUAACCUUCUCACCGUGGGCGCUUUCUUAUCCAAAUCUCUCAGGAACACUUCCUGCUGUCUCUAUCUCGCCGUCAGGUCACUGGCAGUGUUUGGAUUCCUGGUCAGCAUGUUCAUCGCCUGGACCAACACCUUCGCGUCCCUGUACCAGAGGGACGGCAUCUGUCAGAUCACCAUCUUCUUGUCUUUCUUCUGUCCGUUCGUCAGUGUCUGGAUGGUGGUCAUCAUCUCGUUGGAAAACUUUAUACGGAUAGCACAGCCUGCGAGAGUUGGAAGACUGUGUACUCCCAGAGUUGCCAAGAUUGUCAUUCUGAUAGUGACUCUAGUGGGUUUGAUUGUCUGCCAUUUCCCUUUCUGGAUCAUCGAAGUGAAGAAUGGAAGAUGUGACCCUAAACCACACCUUAUGAAGACUGUGUUGAUACUAAACUACAUGGACACUGUGCUGACGAUGGUGUUUCCUGUGGUUCUGAUGAUCAUAGUGGUGCCCCUUGUAGGUCUUACAGCCAUCAACGCCUAUGAGAGAAAGAAGAGGCUGACCUCUGAACUAUCAUCCAGGAAAAGGUCAAACAAUGAGAUGAAAAGCUCCCCAGAAACUAGAGUGACUCACCUGCUGCUGUCAGUGUCCCUCGUGUUUCUAUUGUUUCAAAUGCCUUUCCAUUGCAUCAGGAUCAAGCUCUUCUUCCUUCAGCUCUCCAAGCUAGAACCGUCCAGAACGGACCAAAUACUGCAUCACAUCUUUCGAAUGAUCUUCAAUUUCGACACCGUCCUCAGUUGCGCGGUGUACCUUGUCUUCGGGGACAACUUUCGCCGCGUCUUCUGCAAACUCUACUUCUCCCGAUGCAUGGGCGCGCUGCGUUCAGACACCAGCGCCAACGACAGCUCCAACCACUCACAUUUUACCACUCUAGCCAGUAACAGCAUUGCCCAAAACGACCGCGGAUCAGCAGAUUCACACGCCCUACUACCAGCGCAGGACCUAAGCAUAAGAAACGCCCAUAAAUUUGCUGAUCUUGAAAGAUAUCCACAAACAAGUAAUCCCACCAAUGCAGAAGUAAGGUCGUCGCCUUAUAAGUUUCUUCUUAAGAAAACUGACGCUCAAACAUGCGAUUUUUUAGAAGCAUGAAAUCCAUAUGUCCGAUUCAUUUUAGUUUUAGUAAUCUUGGAAAAUGGAAAAAUGAGACAAUGUGAUGUUAUGAUAAAAGUAUGGUUAUUUUAUGAUAAAGUUAAAGUGAUGUUAUGAUAAAAGGAAAAGUAAAGUUAGGUAAAAUGAUGGUGAUGUUAUCAUAAAAUUAUGAAGAUGUUAUGAUAAAGUUAUGAAAAUGUUAUGAUAAAAGUAUGAUGAUAUAAUGAUAAAAUUAUACAAUUAUACUUAUAUUAUGCUAAAGUUAAGGUGAUAUUACCAUAAAGUUAUGCCGUUGUUAUUAUACAGUUGUGAAGAAGCUAUGAUGAAAGUAUGGUAGUGUUAUGAUUAAAAGUAUGAUGAUGUUAUUAUAUAAGUAUGGUGAUGUUAUGAUAAAGUUAUGAAGAUAUUUCGAUAAAAGUAUGGUGAUAUUACGAUAAACGUAUAACGGUGUUAUGGGGAUGUUACCAUAAAGUUAUGAUGAUGUAUCAUGUUAUAAUAUUGUAAUGAAGAUGCAAUGAUGAAAGUAUGGUGAUGUUAUAAUAAAGUCAUGAUGUUGCAAUGUGAAUGUUAUGAAGAUGCUAUGAUACUGUAAUGGUGAUGUUACCAAAAAUUAUUAUAAAACCAUUCUGAUUAUAUGAUAAAGUUGUGAUGAAACAAUGCUUAGUUCAUACUAACAUGUUUAUUCGUGGAUGAUAUUAUGGAAAUAUUAUGAUAAAGUCCAAUGUCUGCCAUGUUUAAUUGUUAAAAGUGUAUGCGCUGAAUGAGAUUCUAUUUCAACUGUUAUCAUUCUUUGUGCUUACUUGUGUUGGCCUACCGUCUUCACAAUGUCUUCACUAAAUACAGGAUAUACUCUGAGUUUGAGUUUCUAUUUUCGUUGACAGUGUUAUAGUCACAAACUAUGAACUAGGCUUGUAUAUUUUGUUUUCGUUUUUUUUUUGUUUCUUUUACUGAUGUCAAGAAGAAAUUUCAUAUGCCCAUCAUUUUAUUAUGUAUAAUAUUAAAGGUACAAGAUUUAAAUAUUU